AUGACUACUUAUUAUUUUGAUUUUUACAAUUAUGAAGAAGAUUUGACUACUUUAACUUUUGCCGUAUUUUGUGAGUUUAAAGUUGCGAAACAGUCUAACUUAAAAACUGAAUUCGCCAGUCUUCCUUGGAUUUUUCAAAACGUUGCUGCUAUUAAACCACCGAUUGAUUUACCAACAACAGCAGCAUCCGCUGGCGCUAACACAACAAAGAAUAGAGACAAAGACAAAGUAACGUUACCACCUAAGUCAACAUCACCUGACGCCAACACAACAAAUAAUGAAGACAAAGACAAAGCAAGCAAACCAGAGAUAACGUUACCACCUAAGUCAAAUAAAAAUGAAAAUACAAGAUUGCCUGUUUCUAAUCAGCCAGAAUCAAAUAAUCCGGAUUCAGAUUUGACCAAAACUGCAAUCACUUUGCCAAAAUCAAAUCCCCCCGGAUCGGAAGAAAUCGAUCCUAAUUUGACACACAUACCCAUCUCUAAUCCGCCAGAUUCUACAUCUCCGGAUCUAAAAUCUUCGAUUAAGAUAGCAAUUUCAGAGCCUGCAAAUCCAUCGGUUCCAACUAUAAAAGAAUUAGAAAAUCCGAAAAUUGUUAUUUCUAAUCCACCAGAAAUUACCACGAUAGCGACAAAAGAUGCUGAUUCAUACGAGCCGAAAAUAGUUCCCAUCGCACCAAUAGGAAAACCAACCGUUUCUUUCAACAUGAAAUUGAAUAUUUUCAUUAGAGAUUAUUAUGACGAAACAGGAGUAGGAGUUGUACAUUCUAUGCAAAUGUUAGAGACGAACAGGGGAGACAUCUGGGAUAUCAUAUUUAAAGAUUCGGUACAACAAUUUCGAAAAUAUAAUAAACGGACCAUUGUACCUGAUAACAUUCUUAUUCGAAAUAUGUCAAGAUCAGAUGCAAAAAUUGGCAUUGGAAUUGAUCGAAAGCCUGUCAGCAUUAUCAAAAGAUAUGUUACGGAAAAGGGAGAAGUUAAAAGUAACUUACCAAAUGGUGCUGAAAUCCAAAUCAAGACACCUCCGGUAUUUAAAGCAGCAGUAUUUCGAGAUUCUUUUGAUCCCACGAAAGCAAAAGAAAUUGAUCCAUCAAAAAUUCUUGCAUUUAAAAUUGUCGAAUUUGUUGGAAUUAAUAACCAUGCAACUUUCGGCGUAAGUGGAAGCUUAAAGAAAAAUGCUCUUGUACCCAGUAUUCAAUAUUCUAGAUCCAAAUAA